AUGCUCGGUCAGGUGUCACGGGCCGUCGGCGCGGCCCCGGGCCUCGCUGGUGGCCGCAGCGCGCAGCGGACGGCAGGCAGCGGUGCGAGGCCUUGUGGGCGCGGCGCCCCGCGCCACGGCGCGAGCGGAGUCCCGCGUCGAGCGCGCGCGGCGGCCCCUUGGAGGCGCGGCAGGACCACCUGCGCGUACGCGCCGUCCGAGGUCGCCGAGGCGGUCCAGAAGCGUUUCCUGAAGGUCCAGAACGGCAGCGACAUCCGCGGAGUGACCGUUGAGGGCGUUCCCGGCGAGCCCAUCACGCUCUCGGACGACAUGGCGUACUACAUCGGCCGCGCGUUCGCGCACUGGCUGGCCAAGACCACCAACAAGCCCCCCACCGAGCUCCGCAUCGCCAUCGGGAAGGACCCGCGGAUCUCCGGGCCGAACAUCACGAUGGCGUUCGGCGCCGGCGUCACCUCCACGGGCGCCUGCAUCGACGUCGCCGGCCUCGCGACCACGCCCGCCAUGUUUAUGUCCACCGUCCUCCCGAGCCUCAAAUUCGACGCGGGCGUCAUGUGCACGGCCUCGCACCUGCCGUACAACCGCAACGGGCUCAAGUUCUUCACGCCCGCGGGCGGCCUCGACAAGCCGGACAUCAAGGCGAUCCUCGAGCUCGCCACCGAGGACAACAUCCUCGCGGCAAAGUCGGUAACGGAGCACCCAGGAAAGGUGGACGCGGGCGUGGUGGCGCUCGCGGGGCGGCGCGCGCUGCUCGAGGGCGCGAUGAUGUCGACGCCGUGCCUGAUGAGUCAGGACGACGUCGUCUCGCCCUACGUCACCCACCUCCAGGACGUCAUUCGGCGCGUGGCGGACAACGGCGAGCGCCCGCUUGAGGGCCUGAAGAUCGUGGUGGACGCCGGGAACGGCUCCGGGGGGUUCUACGCGUCGCGCGUGCUGGAGCCGCUCGGCGCGGACGUGGCGGGGUCGCAGUUUUUGGACCCCGACGGGAUGUUUCCGAACCACCCCCCUAACCCCGAGGACAGCAGGGCGAUGGCGUCGGCGGCGGAGGCGGUGCUGCGCGUGGGCGCGGACCUGGGCAUCGUGUUCGACACGGACGUGGACCGCGCGGGCGUGAUCGACGAGACGGGGCGCGAGAUCAAUCGCAACAGACUAAUUGCGGUGCUGUCCGCCAUCAUGCUCGAGAAAUCGCCCGGGUCGACGAUCGUGACGGACAGCAUCACGUCGAACGGCCUCGCGGACUUCAUCCGCGCCAAGGGCGGGCGCCACCUGCGCUUCAAGCGCGGCUACAAAAACGUGAUUGCCAAGGGCGUCGAGCUCAACAACAGCGGUACGACGUGCGAGCUCAUGAUCGAGACGUCCGGCCACGGCGCGUGCAAGGAGAACUACUUCCUCGACGACGGCGCGUACCUCGCCACGCUCAUCGUCGCGGAGCUCGUCGCCAUUCGGAAACACGGCGGCACCUCCAUCGCGCAGCUGCUCGAGGGCUUCGUCGACCCCGCCGACGAGGCCGAGUACCGGCUCAAGGUCCAGGCGGACGACUUCAAGCCCGUGGGCGACGAGGCGCUGCGGCGGCUGAAAGAGGCGGUGGAUGCAGGUGUCGAGGGCUGGACUAUGGAAGAAGAGAACUUCGAGGGUUGGCGGGUCAAGGUGGACGAGGGGGAGGGACGCGAGGGGUGGUUCCUGCUCCGGCAGUCGCUGCACGACCCCGUGAUGGUGCUCAACGUGGAGUCGCAGGUCGAGGGCGGGUGCGCCGCCACCGUGGCGCGCGUGCGCGAGCUGAUGGAGUCGUUCGACCUGCCGCUGGACCUGUCGGCGCUGCCGUAG